AUGCUUUCCAGAGGCUCCAGUGCCAACUCCAGGCUCAAAAGAAGCAAGUCUCUUGCUUCAACCAAGGGUAGACGCCGUGACCGUUCCUUUGCUCAACCCGUCGACGAUGAGAGAGCUCAAAGACACGCCUUAACUGCGGCGUCACUUGCAAUGCAGCGAGCCACGAGGUCAUCCUUUGAUGACUCAAACGAUAGCGAAGCUGGAGCUCAUCGCCCUCCUGUCCAACUAUCUAGGUCUCAGAGCAUCCGCUUCAGCGACGGUACAAAUGCCGGCGUGAGAAAGAUGGGUUCUAUCCACUCCUCCCCGGCGGCAGCACAUCUUACGGCCAACGAUACUGUACAAGAGAAGGAAGACGGAUCACGGGCUCAGACCAUUGAUAACUUCAAAGAAUUUGGCAUGCUCGACGACGACAUACCCUCCGUGCCUUCGAUACCGUCGUCCUACCGAAAGCUUCGCAAAUCAAAGUCGAUGUUCUCCGCGCGUUUGCGUACUGGCUGGUUAACCAAUGGUUCCCGCUCUCCAAGACGAAGUCGCCGUCAAUCACAAGACACUAGUAAGCAUCACUUUGCUCGCACUCCGCUGCGUCGAUCGAUGUCAUUCUUCAAGGGACGGGACAGUGUGCCCCCGACAAAGAGGCAUAGUUCCACGAAUAGCCAUAGCCCUGCGAUAAAACUUGGAGGAGAACAGGUUUUGCGCGAUCUUAGCAGAACAUCCAAAUCUGACACUCUUGGACCGAACAUCGCAGGAGAAGGGCGACGCGAACAGAAAUCGUUGAGGAGAACGCUUCGAACCAGCACCUCCAUGACAAACGAUGACGACCCCAGAUGUUCGACCCGAUAUGCGGAGGAACGGUAUAGAGAUGGUCAUCGUAGCAUGCGGGCGAGGCUUCUCUCUCAAUCGAUUAAGAAUGGGUUCCGCAAGAUCUUUGGGCGGCAUGGAGCUCUGCGAGGGAGCGUGUCUCCGCAGCAAACGGACACAUACCGGCCCCAUGUUCGAGCCUAUAUCGACCCCGAAUUCCAGCCCGAUCUAAAUCCCAGUCACAUGUCGACGCCCACAUCCCAUUCUAAUCACCCAGACGCCAGUGUCUUCAACGUGUAUCGUGGAUUCUCGGGCCAUCGACCUGCGAGCAUCCGCUCGAUGAAAAGCAUAGAUAGCGUCUCUACAUCAAAUUCUCGAGCUACGACUUGGACAAAUUCUACAAUGACAAACACUAUCAACACGACACGACCGGUUGAAACACGUCUAUCCAUUAUCGAAGAACAUGGUGAUGAUCCCAAUAAGCCCAUUCGUAUUCAGCCUCGUUAUCACGAUGGCUAUUCUGCGUUCAGACAGCCUCUUUGUCUCGAUCCCAUGGCCAAUUCCAUUGACAGCCAGCGAGUCUAUUCCGCUCUAAUGCGAAAAAUAGACGGAUCGAAUACGCUCAAGAAGCAGAGUGAUACUACAAGCCAAUGGCUCGAAGGUGCUGAAGCCGGCCGAGAUAACACCCAGCCGCCUUCUAGCUCACAGCGCCCGAGCCAGGGGACAAGGCAAGCUCCUGGCGAAGCGCUCAUGCGCUAUAGUCAAGUUGUUUCCAUCCCCCCGCGAAGCUCCCCAAGUGUUCGCAGCUACAUGUCAACGCAGCCUACUUAUAUUGUAGAAUCCCCUGGACGCACCCCUCAACAGAUCGCUCAACGCAAUGAGAGCAUUCUCCAGCAUCUUUCACGACGGCCUUUAGGCCGUUUUAAUUCUAAUGCGUCUCAUUCCAGUCCUUAUCGACAUUCGGCACAAUACGCAGGUGAUACUAUAACUACGCCAACAAGGAGCCGUUAUUCUGAUGACGAUUCGUGUACCGUGGUGGUGCGGAAUUCGCCCCCUUCCGAUAGCUUCAUUGUAUCGCCUAGCGUCUAUUCAAGAACAACAAAUACUCCGGGUGGCCAUCAGAAUAACAUCGAUUUUGCCUUUUCUGAACCUGAUGAAGACCGAGGUACAGCUACCAUCAUAGGUAGAGAGACGCUCCCUAGCACACCUCGUGGCCGUGAUCGAAUAUUUAGAGGUAGCGCUGAAUGGAAAUCUUGGAUGAAUUCUCAAAUGGAACUUAUUGAUCGACCGAGCCUUUCAAAUGAGCUUGACAUUAAAUUCUCCGCUAGUGAUAGAAUGCACUACAGAGAAGAUGCUGAUAUUCAUGGCGAGAUCUCAGAGGACGAACCUAGCUGUGGAUUCCGAAAGGUCAGUCGCAAUAAAAUCUGUGUAAAAGCUCCUCGCUGUGAGGACAGAUUCUCCAACAAUGAACGGCACGCCUUGACAGAAUUGAGUACUAUCUCCCAGAACAACUUUUCUCGGCCUUUCCAUCGCUCACCGAGUGGGCCAGUAUCAAUUGGUGCCACAAACGCGAGGAAAACGUCCCUAGUAACACACCAGCAUACUCCUCCAUGUAGCGCCCCGGUCGUUGUCGAUAUGAAUGUGCCUUCCACUGGCUCCAGUCGAUCCAGAAGCAAGUCGAAAACUCCUAAUCAGUCUCCAUUGAUCUAUAACAAAACUCGCCAGCCUGAAUCACGUAGAUCAUUGACUGUGUCCCCACUUGAUGGCCGGAACCCCCGUACCUCCUUGUCGACUCGAAGCCGACAUGACGGGAAUGUUCCACCCCCCUUUUACGGAGCUGACGUCAGGAGGCGGAUGCCGAGUGUCCAAUACAGCUCGACACGUUCAAGGGGAGGUGAUGGUUUAAUGACCAAGGAAAAUAGAGAAGGGAACAGGAAUAACCCACCUGAUAGGAACGAGUUUGCGGAGGGAUUUUCCAAGAUCAGGGAUCUCCACUCUACCAUUAGCAGCAAGCGCAUGGUUGAUUUAUUCUUGAGCGAUCGGAGACGACUCAUGGGAGGCGCUGAUAGCCCCACUGAAUCAGCGUUCAUUUGA